AAUGAUCCAGAAAUUACUGAAGAAAUAAAUAUCAUGGAUCAAGCAGCAAGUUCAAACUUGUUUUCUGACCCAAACAAUGCUAUGAGUGAGUUUUUACUUAAUACUCUUCAACCAUCUUUGAAAGCUGAGCAAGGUGUGGAGUCUAAUGAAAGUGAAAGCACCAUGCAACGAUCGUAUCCUUCCCUUGAACCAGUGGAAUUUAUUCCUGAAACACAAGCUAGACUAGACAUGCCAGUGUUAGCCGAACAGUACCAAACAAUGUCUGCAGAACAUCAAGAGAGUUCAAAAAAUAGAGAAACAGAACCAGAGCAAUAUGAAGACUCUUGUGCAGCUCACAUAGAGGAAUUAAAGUUGGACAAUGUGGCAAUACAGAACACAGCACAAACAAAAGAUAGUUACUCUGGGAGAAAAAAGAAGAUGGGUUCAACUCGGAAGAGUCUUCGAGUAAUGAGGGACAAUGAAUGCAUUCAAGAACCAACAACAGAAAAAACUACUCCAAACUCAGAGCUAAUUAAUGCAAAAAAAGGAACACUUAAUUUAAACACAGAAAUAGCUCAUCAGUCCAUACAGACACUUUCCCAGCCAAUAUAUGUCAUAGAACCUGAAAGAGAAAAAACUGGGUUGACUUACAAGAAUCGUGAAGAAGGACAGGAAAAAAAUGAAGACAGAGACCCAAGAAAUGUUGGCGAUAUUGACAGAGAAUCCUUAAAAUCAAAAGCAAUAGAGGACAUGGUUAAUUCUGAUUUAAACUUGUGUGGUAAAGAGGUAAGAAUACAAGAUUAUGAACUGCCAAUUCACCUUAAACCUGAUCCAUCAGAAGGCUCUCUUCUUAGUGAAAUUGAGCUUUACUUAAAUAAAAAUACCUUAAAUACUGCAACUACAACUACAACAAACCUUAAUAUACCAGAAUUAUCAGAACCAAUGUCUGAGGGGUCUCUUCAGCUAUCAUCUCAAAACCCUAAAAUUCACUUGGAACCAAACUCCCCAGCAAGAAGAAAAAUGGGGUCAAGUCGCAAGAUGUCUAAAAACAAGCAUACAGAAAAAAUAUCCGAUGAGGGCGGAGCGUCUGAACAGGAAAACUUGAAUUUUAAGAAGAAUAAUGUUAAAAAUAGUGAACCUAAAACAGAGGCAAAGACAGAUAUGGAUACUGUCAUGGCAGAAAGCACAGAAGAAUCUGUUGAAGUUAUGUCUGAAGUCCAAGCUAUCUCUCAAAUUAAAGAGAGUAGUACACAAGCUUCAGGGCAGCCACUUCCAGAAGUUAGGCGAAAGUUUGGGUCCAGACGCACAACAAAUGGAAGAAGUGGUCUAGGUGCAUUUACACAUGAUGAUUAUGAGAGCAACCAGAAAAACACAGACGUUCAAGCAACUAAAGAUGGAAAAAUGGUGUCUGACCCAGAGUUGAUCAAAGAACCAGAGAGUACAGCAAUCUCUCAGCCAGUCUCUGAGAAAAGACCAGGAAUCGAUGAGGUUACAACAACCACUGUGGACGAUACAAAUGUAUCUACCGAAGCUGGCCUUGUUUCUUUGGAUGACCUGGAGAAAUCAUCACUAUUUGUUGUAAGCACUGGAGGAAAACCAAAAAUUGAUUUUGAGCAAUGGAAUGAACAACUUCCAGAAUUUGAAGAGGUGGUAUAUAACAUUGUGAUGGUGGGAAAUAGUAGCGUAGGCAAGACGUCCUUCAUUAAAAGGUUACAGAAUGGGCAAUUCAUCCCAGACUACAGUGCGACUAUUGGUGUUGACACCUUCGUCCAGACUAUCCAAUUUGGUAAUAGAACAGUUAAGCUUUAUGUGUGGGACACAGCAGGUCAAGAGAGGUAUCACAGCAUAACUAAGCAGGUCUUUAACAAGGCCCAAGGACUUCUGCUGAUGUAUGAUAUAACAUCAUCUCAGAGUUUCCAUGCAAUUCGUUCCUGGAUCUCACAGGUUCAGGAAAAGGCUCCACCCGAGGUUAUCUUGAUGUUACUUGGCAACAAAAAUGACUGUGCUCAUCGAGAAGUUCAGCUACAGGAAGGGGAAAAUCUAGCAAAAGAGUAUGACAUUCAUUUCAUGGAGUGCAGUGCUGCAACUGGUGAGAAUGUGUUAGACUCUAUGAAGACUCUAGCGUGGUUACUGGUGAAACAGAGAGUGAGGAAAGUGGAUGAAUAUACAACAUUACAGCCAAAGCCACAAAAUAAGAAGUCAGGUUGCUGUUGAACCUUUAUUGUACACACACAUGCAUGCACACACACACACAUGCACGCACACACACACACACACGCGCACACAAACCCACACAUACACAAACACACAUCAUUGUUUAUAUGCUUUAUGAAAUAUAUUUAUACAAAAUGUGUAAUAAUAUAAAGAGUAUUAAAGAAUGUUCACUGUAUUUGUAUUUGUAUUUUUAUAGAGCAAGGAUUAUUUGAUUCAUCGCUGUUUUCAUGCUUUGAUUUGUUCCAUAAAAUUAAAUGUUUAUGAUCGAGAUUAAUGAAUUAAAGAUCCAGUUCACCAUUUAACUUACUUUACUGUUUGUUUUGUAUUUUCUUUCUGAACCCAAUGUGGGCAGACAGUUAUCUUAAAACUGCAUUUAUCAAUAAAUCAUGUUAAAUAUUGUGUA